AUGGGGAGGUACUUUGCCAAAUCAUACUUCAUAAGUAAUAAUGGAAACUUUUGGGUUUUACAAACAGAUUUGAAACAAGGAUUAGUACCAUUAUUUGAGGCCUAUCCUACUCUUAAUGAUGUCCCGAGCGAUUGGGAUGAUGAGAAAAAAGAGAACCUAAAACCAAAAGAACAAGAAUUAAAUAGAAAAGAAAUGAUGAUUGCAUUAGGCGCUAAGCAUCAAGAGUCGGUACGUUAUCAAUGCAGUUAUAACCCUGGUGACUUGAGAAGAAACUUAAACAAACCUCCAACUGGGUUGCGUUGGACUUUGAAAGUUGUUAAGGCUUAUCCAACAAUGGAUGAUGUUGUUAGUGAUUGGGAAUCGACUAAAGAUAAUGAUGGAAAGAAAAAGAAUGGGCUUGAUAAGAAGCUAAACGGUAGCGAUGCGGAAGAGGUAGACUUCGAGUUGCAACUGUUGGAUUCCGGCAAUAAGCCAAACACGAGUUUGAAGAGUUUAAAAUCAAGAGGACGAAGGGUGAGGAGUGAAAAGAAGAUUUAAAA